AUGAAAUCAUUGACCAUUGCCAUCACUGCUGUUGUUGCUUUUAUUGCUGUUGGUAUAGCUGUAGGAUAUCCAUCAGUAAUAUCAGAUUCAGAUGUUCAUGAACUUCCAGAGACACGAAACUUUCUCCAAAAUCUUCUUAUCAAUCAAGUACUCAAUGUUCUUCCUUCAAAUAUUCGUGACCAAGUAGAUGAUGCUGCAGCUAUGUUCAAUCAUACACGCACUGAAUUUCUUGUUAGAGGUAUCAAAGAAUUACAAGCUUAUCAAGCAUAUUCAAAAAUUGACUUUAUUAGUGCAAUUCAAAAAAUUGUUAAAUUUACCGAAACUGAAGUAUCACGUGAACAAGAAGACGAAUUGAAAGGAAUUGAAGUAGAAGCUAUUCAUUUAGCAACAUUAUUGUUUGAAAACAAACUUCAACCAGGUGCAUUGAAUGGAAUCUAUGAUUUAAUAACUAAAAUUGUUCGAAAAACAAUUGAUGGUCAAACAUUGUGCGAUGAAUUACCAAAAGUAGUAAAAGCAAUCGUAGCCCAACACAUUUAA